GUCAGGGGGCAACUCUUGUGCCGCCGACGGCUCUUUGGUGGGGUGACGGGGUCAAGGGUCGGGUUGCACUGUUCCCGGGCUUGGUGCUGAGGCGGUCGUCGCGUUUGAAUCUCGGGCCGGAGAGGCAGCGGCGCAAGAUGCAGGAGCUCAUUUCCAAUGUGGAGCAUAUUAGGUUCGAGCUGGAGAUGGCGGUGGAGCAGCAGCUGGGGGCUCAGCCGCUGCCUUUCCCGGGCAUGGACAAGUCUGGUGCAGCGGUAUGUGAAUUUUUUCUGCGGGCAUCAUGUGGGAAGGGUGGCAUGUGUCCAUUUCGCCACAUUAGUGGUGAGAAGACAGUGGUGUGUAAACACUGGUUGCGGGGGCUGUGCAAGAAAGGAGAUCAGUGUGAAUUCUUACAUGAAUAUGACAUGACGAAGAUGCCAGAGUGUUAUUUCUAUUCCAAGUUUGGAGAAUGUAGUAACAAAGAAUGUCCAUUUCUACAUAUUGAUCCUGAGUCCAAAAUUAAAGACUGUCCAUGGUAUGACAGAGGAUUUUGUAAACAUGGUCCCCUGUGCAGGCACCGGCAUACCCGCCGAGUCAUCUGUGUAAAUUAUCUAGUGGGGUUCUGUCCUGAAGGCCCCUAUUGUAAAUUCAUGCACCCUCGGUUCGAACUACCAAUGGGUACUGCUGCUGACCAACCACCACUGCAACAGCAACAGCAGCAAAAUGUUAAUCAGUUUCAACAGCGAUCUUCCUCCUUGGUACAGAUUACUAGCACCAACACUAGUGUUGGACAGCAGAAACCUGUUACACAAUCCGGAGGAUCAGCACAACAGUCCCAGUUUCAAACGUCGUCAAAUCGAGGCCCCAGACCAUUGGAACAAGUCACGUGUUAUAAGUGUGGUGAAAAAGGCCAUUAUGCCAACCGAUGCACCAAAGGACACUUGGCAUUUCUUAGCGGUCAGUAGUGAUCUCACUGAUGAAAAAUAUUCUGGAAAAACUCAAGUUCAACUGAUGCCCCCAAUGGAAUGGACAUUUUUUUCUUCGAUGGGGCUCGGAAUUCAAAAGCUGAAUUUGAUUUUUUUUUGUCCUUCCUUGCACACACUGUGAUAGUUGUUACUGCUGUCUAAGCUACCGGUUAUUAUUGAGGUGUUGGGAAGGACUGCACUCUGAUGAAUGAAAAAGCUACAGAGAAUAACUACAACUGGAGCUUUUACUGUACCUCACCCAUGAUUUUUUUAAAGUCUUCUAACAAACUUUCCACUAAAACAGAUGUGCAGUGGAUUCAAAUGAAACUGAGAGGCAAGAACACAAGUUCAAGUUAUUUUCAACUAUGAUAUUUCUAAUACAAAAUGUGUAUGUUUCUUUUUUGAUUUUCUAAAAACACCUAUUUUGAGGGUAGUUUUGUGAUUUCCCAUCUGUCAGGGAUUUAGGCUUGGAUUUCUUCAAAUUAGAAGCCUUCUAAGUAUACCUCCCAGUUUGUGACAUGUCACAUAUGGAGCUCCAAUUGUGUUUGGGAUGGGUAUGCAAAACUGGCGGCUAUACAGUCUUUCAAACAUGGUAUUUUCCCCUUUCAGAAUGUUUAAUGUUGAGAUGUUGUAAUGACAGCUGAGUUGUGCACAUGGUUAAUUGGGCAGGAAGGCAUUACAAAUGCCAUUGAUGUGUUUGGCAUGGUUUCUGGCCCAGGUGUAACAUUAUAACACACUGUACCAUCCAGACAACCACUCAUGUAAAUUAACACAAAAAUAGGAAGAAAAUUCUGGCCUUGUGUAAGCUGUUCAAAUUUUGAAUUAAUUGAUGUGGAUUACUUUGUUACAUCGUUUCUUGAUAUGGUGUUAUAUUAAUUUGCCUCUACAUUAUUACAUUUUAUAGGAAAAAGGUUUUUAGUUUUGUGGCAAAAGAAAAGUGCAACGAGAGUUGCAGAAAUUCUAUUCUUAAAGCCUCAAUUACCAUUUGACUGUAUAGGGUUCAUUUUUAUCCAAUUUAAUAAAUAUUUUUUAACAAAGAUCUUGCAUUCAUUUAGUUUCAUAACUAGUUUAUUCUAUAGAUUUCUCCUAAACAAACGAGUAUGACAGCAGGAUUUUUCUACCAGUAAACCUAGCAAUAGGGAGGAAGGUAGUAGUGACGAGGAUUUCCCUCACCUCCUCGCAGCAUGUAAAAAGGAGGCAAGCUCUGACUUGAGUGGCCUAAUUUGGAUGGACUGUCUUCCGAUUGAAGUUUUACUACUGAGCUCACAAUGCGGGCUUUGGUGAGUAUUGCCAAGGCAAGUGUUUUUUUUCUCUAUUUUGUAUUUUUUUUUACUGUUUUAAGGUGUAAUCAUAAAGGUUAUGGAGUCUAGGGCAGGGGUAUUCUGCAGGAUUUGAGAGCUGGGGACAUUUCCAAUGUUCCUGAUGACAACACCUGCAGAAAAUGUAUUAGCUAGUUUCAGGCAGUAUACUCAGUUGGACCUAUGGAUGUUCUCGUUGUAUUUAAUCUGGGAUGCAGAGAACAUAGCAGACAAUAUGUUUAGUGAGUUGGUCACCGUGCGUAUACAGAAAGAGUGGAGAAGGGUGAUCGUCAGGAACGGCAAGUAGAAGUCAUGCAGGAGACCCCUGUGGUCAUUCCCCUCGAUAACAAAUAUAGUGUAGGAUACUGUUGGUAUGAGGGUUGGGAGCCUCCCAGUAAGACAACUGCACCACAGCCAGUUUCAUGGCACCGCAGUGGGCGGUGAUGUAUAAAAGAGAUGUAAAAAGAUCGGGACAGCAAUAGUAGUAGAGGGUUCUAUCGUGAGGGAGUCAGACUGGCAUUUUGUAGCCAAAUAACUCAAUCCAUGUUGUUUGCUUCCUUGGUGCUAGGGUCGAGGAUCUCAGAUGAUUGCAGAACGUUCUGAAAGGGGUGGCCAGCCACAGGUCGUGAUACACUAUUGGACAAUGUUAUAGAAGAAGUACAAGAAUGGAUAAAGGUGUGACUGAAUGGAUGUAGCUGGAUCAUUAGGACUGUGUCUGGGGAAGCUGGGAUCUGAACAAGCAGGGCAGUUUGCACCUUAACCAGAGUGGGGGCCGACACCCUUGCUGUUGGCACUGCUGGGGAAGGUUUAAACUGAGUUGGUAGGAGAAGGGGGUUCAGAGUGGUCCUUUAGGGGAAGAAUACAACCAUCUAGAAAAGGAAUGUGUGGUAAGUCCAGCAGGCAGAAAAGGUGAGUAAAUGAACAUUAAAGGAAUUUCAAAGCUAAUUUGCAUCUAUUUUAAUGUCAGGAAUAUAAAAUUCAAAGUACAUUUAUUAUCAAAGUAUGUAUGCAGUAUACAACCCUGAGAUUCGUCUUCCCACAGACAGCCACGAAUCAAAGGAAACCGUGGAACCCGUCCAAAGGACACAGCAAAGACCCAUCCCCCAUGCACAACAAAACAAAAUUGUGCAAUCACUAACAAAAAAAAUGUGGAAAAAACAUAGAAACAUAGAAAAUAGGUGCAGGAGUAGGCCAUUCGGCCCUUCGAGCCUGCACCGCCAUUUAUUAUGAUCAUGGCUGAUCCUCCAACUCAGAACCCCGCCCCAGCCUUCCCUCCAUACCCCCUGACCCCCGUAGCCACAAGGGCCAUGUCUAACUCCCUCUUAAAUAUAGCCAAUGAACUGGCCUCAACUGUUACCUGUGGCACAGAAUUCCACAGAUUCACCACUCUCUGUGUGAAGAAGUUUUUCCUAAUCUCGGUCCUAAAAGGCUUCCCCUCUAUCCUCAAACUGUGGCCCCUCGUUCUGGACUUCCCCAACAUCGGGAACAAUCUUCCUGCAUCUAGCCUGUCCAAUCCCUUUAGGAUCUUAUACGUUUCAAUCAGAUCCCCCCUC